CCCUCAGAGCACCAACGGUCGCCGCCUCGCGCACCACGAUCCGCCCGCCCCCUCUGGGGUGGGUGGGGGGCGGGGGUGGGGGUCCCACUUCUCUGACUGACACCCCUCUGAGCCACUCAGAGCUGGCGCUGUCUCCCGGGCGCGGGGCUAUUGGGCGGAGCGGCGGGGGUGGGUGGGCGCAGCGCCGGGGGAGAGGCGUGGGCGCGGUAGCUGCCGCUACUCGCAGGCGCUGCGGGGCGCGGUGCGGCGGGGGUUGCUGUGCGGGGUCACCUCGUUGCUGCCGCUGCCUCCUGCCUGGGAGCGAGCCCGGCCCCGCCCCGCCCGCCCGCCAUUCCCUGCCGCCUCGACCGCCCGCUCGGGGGGCUCCGCAGCUCGCAAGAUGGCUGACGGCCGCGACGUCGCCGCGGAGCAGCUGAAGCAGUGGCAGAGCCAGCGGGGCUCGCAGAAGCCAGAUGUCUUGACCACUGGUGCUGGGAACCCAAUUGGCGAUAAGCUUAAUCUUAUGACAGUAGGGCCCCGUGGUCCUCUUCUGGUUCAAGAUGUUGUUUUCACUGAUGAGAUGGCUCAUUUUGACAGAGAGAGGAUUCCUGAAAGAGUUGUGCAUGCAAAAGGAGCAGGUGCUUUUGGCUAUUUUGAAGUGACUCAUGAUAUUACAAAGUACUGUAAGGCAAAAGUGUUUGAACACAUUGGAAAAAGAACACCAAUUGCUAUACGGUUCUCAACUGUUGCUGGAGAAUCUGGGUCAGCUGAUACAGUUCGUGACCCUCGAGGCUUUGCAAUGAAAUUCUAUACAGAAGAGGGUAACUGGGAUCUUGUGGGAAACAAUACUCCUAUCUUCUUUAUUCGGGAUGCGAUGUUGUUUCCAUCCUUCAUCCAUAGCCAAAAGAGGAACCCUCAGACUCAUUUGAAGGAUGCAGAUAUGGUAUGGGACUUCUGGAGUCUUCGCCCCGAGUCUUUGCAUCAGGUGUCUUUCUUGUUUAGUGACCGUGGUAUUCCUGAUGGAUAUCGUCAUAUGAAUGGAUAUGGAUCACAUACUUUUAAACUGAUUAAUGCUAGUGGGAAGGCAGUCUACUGCAAAUUUCAUGUGAAGACUGAUCAGGGCAUCAAAAAUCUUUCUGUAGAGGAAGCAGGAAGGCUGGCUUCUACUGAUCCUGAUUAUGGAAUACGUGAUCUUUACAAUGCCAUAGCCCAUGGCAACUACCCAUCCUGGUCUUUCUACAUUCAAGUUAUGACAUUUGAAGAAGCAGAGAAGUUUCCAUUUAAUCCUUUUGAUUUAACUAAGAUCUGGCCACAUGGUGACUACCCUCUCAUUCCUGUGGGAAAGCUUGUCUUGAACAGGAAUCCUGUAAAUUACUUUGCAGAGGUAGAACAGAUGGCAUAUGAUCCUAACAACAUGCCACCUGGUAUUGAACCUAGCCCUGAUAAGAUGCUGCAGGGUCGUCUUUUUGCGUAUGCUGAUACACAUAGACAUCGUCUGGGACCUAACUAUCUACAAAUUCCUGUGAAUUGCCCCUUCAGAGCUCGUGUGGCCAAUUAUCAGAGGGAUGGACCAAUGUGUGUGACUGACAAUCAAGGUGGUGCCCCAAACUAUUAUCCAAACAGUUUUACUGGUCCAGAAGAUCAGCCUGUUGUGAAGGAGAGCCGCACGUGUGUUUCAGGAGAUGUGCAGCGUUUCAAUAGUGCAAAUGAAGAUAAUGUGUCUCAGGUGCGAGAUUUCUAUAUCAAAGUGCUGAAGGAGGAUGAACGUCAAAGGCUGUGUAAAAAUAUUGCUGAUCAUCUUAAAGACGCUCAACUCUUCAUUCAGAAGAGAGCCGUGAAAAACUUCACUGAUGUUCAUCCUGACUAUGGUGCCCGUAUUCAAUCAUUGCUGGACAAAUACAAUGCUGAAACAGGGAAAAAGGAUGUAAUUAAGACGUACACACAAGCCACUUCUCGUGUGUCUGCCAAAGAAAGAUCCAACUUGUAAAGUGUGCUACAGAGAUUUACCCUAUGAAUCUUGUAUCCACGUAACUGCAGGACAACUUGUUGAAGAUGUUAAUGAAUGUAGCAGACUUCUGCACAAAUACAGCAGUGUUUUACAGGCUUGAUUUAUUAAGCUUUUAAGUGCCUGUAUCUGUACUGGAAACAGUAAGUUACACUAGCUAACAAUCCUAGUGCCUUUCAACACUAGUGCUUUACUGCUUGCUAACAAUAUACAGUGUCUUCAAGGAAACUGAUUAAAAAGUCUUUCUAGAAAGAAACAUAAGUUUAAUCAAAGUGUUUUCUUAAUUUUAUAACUACUCUGGCUAAAUCGCACAAUGGAACUUGUCUAAUGAUACUGUGAUUAUCCUUGUGGAUGAACUUGUUCACAUUAAAAAGCUGAUAUUGCUUAGUAUUGCUAAUAAAAUAGUUACCUGUAGGUAUUUGUAGACACUUCCUUUGAGUUUAAUUUUUGCCUUCCAGAAGGAAAGUACAUAUGCAAUAAUUUUACUAAAACCAGUUCUUUCUCAUUCAUUAUGACAAAAAUGAAGCUGAAUAGGAAGUUAAUCUUAACUGAAGUUAAUCUCAACAUAUGUAAGUUUUAUUCCUAAUAAUACUUUAAGGUAAUAAAUCCAUGCAUAUUAGUGCUGGGUCAGAGAUCACCAUCUCCCUUUAGAAAAAUAUCUGCCCCAAGUGAUCUAAUUGUAUACAUUUUACAACAAAACUGAUUACAUCUUACAAGUCCUUGGGGUGGGGGGGAUGGGGAAGUGUCCUUUCUAGUUUACAAAAAUUUAAAUAGGAAAAGACUAAUUUCCAAAGUGUCUGGGAAAAUGAACCUUGAAAUACAUGGGCAUCUUUAUUUUGGCCAAAUUCCGGCUAAGAAACCUUUAAAAACUAUUCCUACUAGCUUCUGAAAUUAUUACUACUAUAAUCUGAUGUUGCUAUUUGUCAAGCCCCAGGGUUGGUUUUCAGAGUUAAACGUUAAUUGAAAUUUUAUGUUUGUAUGAAUGUGCGUGUAUCUAUGGAUAGAUAUAGGUAUAAAACCUGAUUUUAGAUGUAUCAAAAUUGUCUACUGCUUUUAAAUUAGUUAAUUGGUACAAAAAAAUUUGGAAACCUUUCAACUAUAAAGUAAUCACUCCUUAGAUCCAAAGGUGUUUCUUUAGCUUAGUGAUAUUUUUUGGCUACGAUCUUGGAGUAUAAUUUUUAAUAAUGUCUUAUGAACCAGAGCAAAAUUAACGUUUAUAUUGGAACUUAGAGUUCAGAGUGCAGUUAAAUGAUAAUUAUGUAAUUUCUGGUCUUAUCUCACUUGAAUAUGUACGGUGUUAGCCUAAGGAAGUACACUGUCGGCAUCUGAAUGCUUUACCAUUUGUGCAUAGAACAAAGCCAAGGCUUACGCUAUUGUUUUAUAAGGGGUGAAAUCCCACUCAGUUUUUUCUCUAAUUAUUUGGAAAGUGUUUCCCAGUUAUGGGAUGAUAACUAGUGUUCAAGCUAACUGUUGCAGUCUAGGACAAAAAUCCGUCCUACCCAUUAUAUGUUGAAGUUAGUCCGAACAGUCCAAGAAAUGUUUCUGAACUGUGCUCAGUAGGAUCAGGCAAUCUGCCAUGCAUCUAAAAUCCUGGCAAGUUUUAAUAACUACUUUGCCUGUUACUUCUCCCUCUUCCUUUGCCAAAGAGAAAGAUCAGGGCACAUGUGUAACUGGUCCAGAUUCUAGUUAUACAGCAUUACUUCCUUUUCCUUUCCUUGUUUGUCUGCUAACAUUGCUUCACUAGCAUUCAGAUUGGAAGGAGGAUGAUGAUACAAAGGAUUUUAGAGCCCAGCUAAUAGAUCUUAAGCAAGUAUACCAACUUCAAUUUAUAAAAAUCAAUAUUUGAUUGUUUUGAGGAUCUAUCUUGAGUUGUAUUUUGAAUAGGUAUACUUCUUGAUUUGACUUUCAAGUAUGGGUUGGCAUUAUGAGAACUGAUGGCAGAUUUUUAUUAAAAAGUUGUUAGUGCUUUCUCUAAAUAGAAACAUAGAAAGCUGCUAGAAUGCUAUCUACUGAUCAAUUGUGAAAAAUCUGUGAUGCAGUAAAAUAAAAUAAAAUGUCAGUUUAUUUUGCCCUAUUUGCCUGAUCAGGCUGGUGGGAGCUGGAAGAGCUGUGUGAAUUGGUGGGAGUAUUUCUCUGGCAGAUGGAAUCCUAAUGAGUCUUGGAAAAGAGUAAGCAAGACUUAAUCUUUAAUUUUGGUGGUCUCUGCUGAAUGGAUAAUACUGUCUUAUUUCUGAAAUAAAACAAUUUAAACAA